CUGCGACGCGGUUCAUUCGUCAACGGGCAGUUGUACAACUUGGCUCGUGCUGUGCACCGCGCUCGUACAAAUCGUAGCAUAUUAAAUAAAACUUUGUCGUCCGUCGUCGUCAGACAGUCCUAUCUAGCUUACCUAGACGGGUUCCAUUCACUAAUUCAGAAACAGACGUCGUCGUGUGUUCAAUAAGAAGUAUACAUCGUCGUCGCGUGGAGGUCAGUCGCUCAGUGCUUAGUGCAAUCGAAGCGUUAAGUAGUUCAAGUGCUCGACCGAUCGAAGCGAAGCUUAAGCAGCAGUCAGCAUGUCGGAUAGUAAGUUUGUCAGUUUGGAGGAUACUUUGGAGCGGCACAUCCCACCGGAAGAGCUGCGGGAAGUGAAGAGGAUUCUGUACGGACGGGAAGAUGAUCACCCACUACAUUUCUCCGAGGAGGCCACCUCGCUGGCCAAGGAAGUCGGUGUUGAGCUGAAGGGUUACGUGUUCACCGCCCGUAAGGAAGAUCUCCGCCGGCCGCGGAUUGUCCGCGUGGGCCUCAUCCAAAACUCUGUCGACAUUCCAACCACCGCCCCGAUUCACGUCCAGCGCGAUGCCCUGCACGAAAAGGUUUCCAACAUCUUGCGGGUGGCGUCCGCCGCCGGGGUGAACGUCAUCUGCUUCCAGGAAGCUUGGACUAUGCCGUUCGCGUUCUGCACUCGGGAGAAAUUCCCAUGGUGCGAGUUUGCCGAGGAUGCCGAGAAUGGUCCAACGACCAAAUUGAUGAAGGAACUGGCCAAACAGUACAACAUGGUGAUCAUCUCGCCGAUCCUGGAGCGGGAUCCCAAUCACAACGACACCCUGUGGAACACGGCGGUGGUGAUUUCCAACAACGGAAACUACAUGGGAAAGCACCGUAAGAAUCACAUUCCUCGGGUGGGCGACUUCAACGAGUCGACCUACUACUACGAAGGCGAUACCGGUCAUCCGGUGUUCGAGACCCAGUUUGGACGGAUCGCUAUAAACAUCUGCUACGGACGGCAUCACCCGCAAAACUGGAUGAUGUUCGGCCAGAAUGGGGCGGAAAUUGUGUUCAACCCGUCGGCAACGAUUGGAGCCCUGAGCGAACCCCUCUGGAGCAUUGAAGCCCGUAACGCAGCCAUCGCCAACAGCUACUUCACGGUGGCCAUCAACCGCGUAGGAACCGAGGUGUUCCCCAAUGAGUUCACCUCCGCCAAUGGAAAACCGGCGCACAAGGACUUUGGGCCCUUCUACGGGUCGUCGUACGUGGCCGCUCCGGAUGGUUCCAGAACUCCGUCCCUGUCGCGCGAUAAGGACGGCCUUUUGGUGGCCGAAAUGGACCUGAACCUCUGCCGACAAGUGAAGGACUUCUGGGGCUUCCCGAUGACUCAGCGAUUACCGAUGUACGCAGAAAGUCUGGCCAAGGUCGUUCGAUCGGAUUACAAACCUCAGCUGAUAAGGGAAAAUUAACAAGCAUUGUAUUUUUUGUAUUUCAAAGAAUGUUUAUUUUAAUGAACUGGUUUCAAUGUAUAAUAAUGUUUA